CCGCCCGCCGGGGACCCGGCCCGCCCUGGGCCUCGCCGCCGGGGACGGGCUCCGUCUCGGGGCAGAGCUUCUCCCGGUGUUUCCCUCCUUCAGCCCUUUGAGACCAUCUUUCGCCCCCGCCCGGGGCAGUUGACUGGAAUAGGUAAGAUGGCUGCUCUUGAGAAACAUCCAGACCUGAGGCUCCAGCAGAUCAAUCCAUCAGAGGCCAGUACCAGUCAGAAGAGUCAUUUUUUGGAGACUGACUGGAAAACACCUAUGUUGUCUGCGAAGUUCCAGAGUCGGAUCAGUCGCUGUUCCAGUGUGGCUGAUAGUGGGGAUGCAGGCAUUGGGACCUCCUGCUCGGACAGCGCAGAAGACUUUUGCAACUCCAGUAACGGUUCCUCAUUCCAGCCCAUCAAAACCCAAGUGACCAUCCCAACAGCCCAUGUUAUGCCUUCUACAUUGGGUGCCUCACCCUCCAAACUCUGCUCAGCAGGAGAACAGAGCUGUUCACAGAAUACUUCAAAACCUGCUGUGCCAGGAUCUGCUUCUGAACACUCGGGACUCAUGAGAAAUGGAGACUUUAACGCUGGGAAGUCAUCCCAGGUGCCACCCGGAGAUCUCUUGCAUCUCUGUGGGGCUUCAGGGGAAAAUGGUUUUGAGCAGCCCUGGCAUCCUGCUUCUGAUCACAUGAGAAUGGAAGAUGCUUGGAAGUUUGACACCCCUGCCAUUGAGCGUACCUUUAAUCAGUCUCUCUUUCUGGAUAGUUUCUGCGCUGACCCUCUGCACAGGUUCCAGAAGUUCAAUCUGAACUCCGGGACGACUGAGGCAGGAAAGGAUCAUUAUAAAGUGCUGCCAGAGAGUAAGCAAGCAGCAGGGGCUAACGGAGUCUGUGAGCCCCGGAAUGGGACGUGGCCAAACGGGAGCCGGCUGAUGCCAGCAGGACUCCAGGCCAACAGUGUCUUUUCAAAAUCUGUAACUCCUCCGUCUCGAGCAUGGAUGCAAGAAAGCUGCACGCUGCACCCGCAUGAGAGGGUCUGUGAACUCAGUGCUUGGAAACAACAGUUGGAGAACGUGCGAUUGCAAAUAGAGCAAAUGCAGUUACAAAAUGGAGCUGCCUGCCACCAUCCCUCGAUGUAUUCUCCUUCGUUGCCUUCAGCUGAUCCAACCCAGUGGAUCAAUAUCCUGAACUCCAAUGAAAACCUCCUCAAGGAGAAGGAGCUCAUCAUUGACAGGCAAAGACAGCACAUUUCCCAGUUGGAGCAGAAAGUUCGGGAAAGUGAACUGCAGGUUCACAGUGCCCUGCUUGGCUGUCCAGCACCCUAUGGAGAUGUCUAUGUGUUGAGAAUGCAGGAGCUGCAACGGGAGAACACCUUUCUCCGAGCGCAGUUCACAGAGAAGACUGAAUCCCUCAGUAAAGAGAAGAUUGAAUUGGAGAGAAAACUGGCUGCUGCAGAGGUGGAUGCAAAGCUGAUCCGGGAGACGCUGAAGGAAACUAUGCAGAAACAUGCAGAGGAAUUAAAGAAACAGGAAGAAAGGGUAAAGGGAAGAGACAAACACAUUAAUAAUCUGAAAAAGAAAUGCCAGAAGGAAUCUGAGCAAAACAGGGAGAGACAACAGAGAAUUGAGACCCUCGAACGAUACCUGGCUGAUCUGCCAACUCUUGAGGACCACCAGAAACAGAGUCAGAAGCUGAAGGAAUCCGACCUGAAGAAUACUGCUCUGCAGGAAACAGUGCUGGCACUGGAAACACAGCUCGGAGAUGUCCGGGCUGCCUUCAGGGAGCAAGAGGUGCAGCUAGAAACCCAAAAACGCAAAGAACUGGAGCUUCUUUCUUCUGUGCGCAGCUUGCAGGACAAGAUGCAGCAGUGUGUAAAGAACACAGAGAGAGGACCCCCUGCCCAUGACGGGGAGAAACAGAAAGUAGAAAAUGAUUCUCUGAAGAAAGAAUGCGACUGCCUCAGGAAGAUUGCAGACAAACAGCAGAAGAAGAUGGAACAGUUGUCCUUGCAAGUAAAGAGCCUGGAAGAACAGGUGUCUCAGGAAGAGGGGACAAGCCAAGCUCUGAAAGAGGAGGCGAUGAGAAGAGAAAAUGCAUUGCAGCAGCUCCGGACUGCUGUGAAAGAGCUUUCCGUGCAGAACCAGGAUCUCAUUGAGAAGAACCUGACCCUGCAGGAGCGCCUCCGGCAGGCAGAGCUCACCCAGCCGCUCCCCGGCGACACAGCCCACCUCGCCCAGGAGUUACACGGCGAGUUGGCCAGCUGUCUGCAGGACUUGCAGUCUGUCUACAGCAUUGUGACUCAGAGGGCUCAAGGCAAGGAUCCCAAUCUCUCCCUGCUCCUGGGCAUUCACUCUGUGCAGUACUCGGCUAAGGAGAAGGACGACUUGCUGAGCCCUGAUGUACUUGCAAAAAAACUGACAGAGGUAAAACAGCUUCACAAAGAAGUGGAGGAGUUAAGGACGGCAAUAUCUGACAGAUAUGCCCAGGACAUGGGAGACAAUUGCAUCACCCAGUAAAGAACAAGCUCUCCCCAAAGUAAGACAGAAAAUGAAGACUUGAAACCUUUAAGAGACUAGAGCUCCUACAAAUGAAAACUUAUUCAGCACUUUACCAUCCCAUUGCUUGGGUACAAGAUGUGUGGCUUAUCCAUGAGAAAUCAGGGGGUUUAUUGCCAGAAGUGUUUAGCUGCUGACUGGCUAACUGGAAUCGUUCAGGGCUUUGGUGCUGGGCUUUGCGGUAGCUUUGAUCUUGUGGAAUGUGUUUGUGCUGUAUUUGCUGGAGCUGGUGUGGUCUCUGACUCUGGGAGGUGAAUUCUGCAUUGCCCUCCAGGCAUGUCAUAUACUGAACAUGCAAAUGUGACAGUUUAAACCAACACCAGGAGGAAAUGUAUGCCCUGGUCUUUGUGAUAAAUUCUCUGCACAGAUCCUGUGCGACUAGUAAGGCCAGAGUAUCAUCAGAAGCGUUCAGGGGAUACUUGUGGAUUUCACACUACUGCUAAUUAUCUCGAGGUGCUACAGGCUUGUCAAAUGUGUGUGUGCACAGGUCUGACUUGGAUGCUUGGGUAGCCAUUUGUGGAACAGGACCUGCUUUGCUCAGGUAAAUGCAGCUGGAGUCUUUCAGUAGCCAACAAAAUUUGGGAAAUAAAGUGACCCUAAAAGACUCUGAAAAUGCUCCUCUUGAGCACUGUUACCCUAGAAGCCUUAAAUCUUUAAUCCCCCUGAGAAAACACUCUGAAUGUGGGUAUGAUUCUGACUGCAGAGGAAGUAGAUGGAUGCUGAAGUGCCUUAAUGAGCUAGAGAAACUUCCUCUCCACGAACUGCUUCGUGCCUAAUGCAUCUGCUGGCAGGGUGAGGAAUUGUUCUGUUUCUUGUAGCAGCCCUCAAAGCCAUUGCAAACACUCCUGCAGAGCCUUGAACGUGCGUAACCCCUGCCUGAGCUGCAGAGAGCCUCUGUGCAGGGACCCUGCUGCAGGCCAGCAGACACACACCUCUGCUGGGCUCUCUGCCUGCUGCUCCUUAGGGGGAAGGCUGUUCUGGUCUCAAAACUGCAGCGGGAUCAUACGGAUGUCUGGAUCUGAGAGCUUUCCCUGCUGCCUGCGAGGCAGUGACUGCUCAGGCUUUGUUCUAGCCCAUUCUCUGGCAGCUCUCCACUCCCCUGUUAAAUAAUUGGAUUGCUAAAUAAAUCAACCUGGGAUGUGGUUCCUUCUUUGUCACAACCUUUUUAAUCUUAGUGACAACUCUACAGUACUGAGUGCUCGCUUGAGACGACGCUUUGGUACUAAGGGUAAAACUUUGUGCUUGUCAUCUCUUGUCUCACAAGCUCAGAAGUCAGUUAUACAGUAAGGGGAUAAAACUGCUGAAACACUUCUAUCCAUUCGGUUGCUCCCGGUUCACACUGGGCUUGUGAGCCGUAGCUUUGUGAGGAUGCUUUCAUAAUUCCUUUGUAUUAAAAGUUAAGACCAAAUCUGUUUUGUUCUUGAAGUCUGGUGAUUGCAGGUGUUUGUUGCAACAAAUUGGUUAGUAUGCCAUCCCAAGGUACCGCCAGCAUAGCACGUGGAGGGAGUGUAGCUGUGUCUCUGUCAGGCAGCUAGCUGUUAGCCUGUUCCUUGCCCUCUCAGCAUCUGGACUAUUUAUGUUUCUGGGCAUUUCUGUUCCCAGACUGCUGUUGCCUUAUACCGAGUUAAAUGUGGGCCAAGGCUGUUUCUUGAAGUCAUUUGUCCUGGCUUUUGGGAGCGCUCUGGGCACAGGGGAGGAGAGCAGCACCGGCUGUGAAGGUUGCUCUCUCCUGCGGCUGGCAGCGUGCUGUUUAACACCGUCCAUUUUCCCCAUGGUCUUGUUGGGGUGUAAGUGGGAGAUGUGAUUCCCAGGUGCUGUGUGGGAACACAUUUGCCCUCUGUCCUCACGGAGAACCGGCUGUGGAAACAAAACCGUGGUGUUAAACCCUAUCUUGGCCGAUGCUUGGAGCUCAUUUCUGUCCCCGGCCCUGUGGCGGGGUCCUGCGGCUGGGCUGGCUGUGUCGGCUUUGAGGCCCUCAGCAGGUCCCACCUUUCGUGGUGCUCAGGUUAUGUGUUACUGCCUGUAGGGAAGAGAAACCUUCCCAUGCCACCCUCCUGCAAAACGGUGGCAGUCUGGUGAAGGUGGCAGUCUGUGCCCUACCUGUGCCUGCCGGUCUCCCUGCUGGGGAAGUCUUGGGCUUUUGGUUGCGGUUCAGGACACGGGGAGGCAAGACCGCGUCCCCUGCCUCGUCCUGCUGCUUGCGCAGUUAAUGUUUGUACGGUUCCCCGCGGUCUGCCGUGUGCCGAGUUUUCCCUUGUCGAGUUAAGCGCAGGUCUGUUUAUAUGAGCGUUUGUCUGACCCACUUGUUUGUACUGAGUAUUUUGAAUAUAAAAUAAAGCUGCUCUGCUCCA